CAGGCGGUAAGAAUCGAGCCGGUGAGAACAUGGCUAAAUACAAAUCCGUUCUCUCCGUUACACCGGAAUAACCUGGACUAAAUCAGACAAACAUCCUCCUCGGAAAGUCACCGUACCCGGAUCGUUUGUGAUGAAUAGGCAAUAGAAUUACAGAUAUACAACGCUCGCUUUUUAGCACGUUGUUGCUUUUCGGUAUCUUGAUGCUGGUAGCUCACGAGCAGGAGCAGAAACCUGCGGAAAUUUGUUUUGACCCACCUCUGCUCUGACUGACAACCCAAGACCACCAAGAGGAUGAUUGAGGAAGGGGGAAGGAGAGGGAAGAGUGCAGUGGAGAAAAGACAGAUCUUCACGGAGAUGAGGGGUCGGAAUUUUGAUGAAAUUCGACUUUCGACAUAUCGCACGGCUUGCAAGCUCCGGUUCGUGCAGAAACGAUGCAACUUGCACCUGGUGGAUGUUUGGAACAUGAUUGAGGCAUUUCGUGAUAAUGGUUUGAACACGUUGGAUCACAGUACAGAGAUCAGUGUGUCUCGUUUAGAGACCAUCAUCUCCUCUGUUUAUUACCAGCUUAACAAGCGCCUCCCCACCACACACCAAAUUAAUGUACCGGAGAGCAUUAGUCUACUGCUCAACUUCAUGGUUGCCGCACAUGACAGUGAAGAUCAUGGAAAGUUGACUGUGUUUUCGGUGAAAGCUAUGCUGGCCACUCUCUGUGGGGGAAAGCUUGUGGAUAAACUGCGCUAUAUAUUCUCUCAGAUCUCUGACUCUAAUGGCGUAAUGACGUUGUCCAAGUUUGACCAGUACCUCAGAGAAGUUCUGAAGUUACCCACUGCUCUGUUUGAGGGGCCGUCGUUUGGUUAUAAUGAACAUGCUGCCCGUUCUUGCUUCCCACAACAGAAGCAGAUCAUGUUGAACAUGUUCCUGGACACGAUCAUGUCAGAUCCUCCCCCUCAGUGUCUGGUCUGGUUUCCGCUCUUGCAUCGGCUCGCUAACGUAGAGAACGUCUUUCACCCUGUGGCUUGUUCGUAUUGUCGCUCAGAGAGUAUGAUGGGAUUCCGCUACCGAUGCCAGCGUUGCCAUAACUACCAGCUUUGCCAGGACUGCUUCUGGCGUGGUCUUGCCAACGGUUCCCAUAGCAACCAGCACCAGAUGAAGGAGUACUCUUCCUGGAAAUCCUCAGCGAAGAAGUUGAGUCAUGCGAUCGGUAAGUCUCUGGGGUGUGUACCCAGCAGAGAGCCCGCCUACCCAAUCUUCCCCGAUCGGCCAGAGAGACCGCUUGGCCUUGCACACAUUGUUCCGCCACAUCCUGUCCCAAACAGUUUGACUGAAUCAGCUCCGCCCCCUCCAGGAGUCCCUUCCCCCAUGAAGAGGAUGCAGAGUUUAGCUGCUGCACAGCGUCUAAAUGAAGAACAUGCUCUCAUCGCUGCUUAUGUUAACCAACUACAGACCAGCCCACGAGCUUUGGACAGCCCCAGUCGGCAGGAUGAGGAGCACAAACUAAUUGCACGUUAUGCAGCACGACUAGCAGCAGACCCUGGAAACCCUGCUAGGACUCCAGAAUUUAAUUUUGAUGCCAACAGACAGCAGCGACAGCUGAUUGCUGAGCUAGAGAGCAAAAACAGAGAGAUUCUGCAGGAGAUCCAGCGUUUGCGUUUAGAGCAUGAGCAGGCAUCUCAGCCCACCCCAGAGAAGGCUCAGCAGAACCCCACACUGCUGGCCGAACUGCGGCUGCUCAGGCAGAGGAAAGAUGAGCUAGAGCAGAGGAUGUCUGCAUUGCAGGAGAGCAGGAGAGAGCUGAUGGUACAGCUAGAGGGACUAAUGAAGCUAUUGAAGGAUGAGGAGCAGAAACAGGCUGCCCAGGCAGCUGGUACUCCUCAGACAUCUCCCAGUCAUGGUGCCGCUCGUUCUAUCCCGACACCCAUUCGCUCUACCUCUGCAGGCUCCACCCCCACCCAUACAGGCUCCACCCCUUCUCAUGUACCCCAGGACUCCUUGGCCGGAGUGGGCGGGGAUGUGCAAGAGGCUUUUGCUCAGGGAGCACGUAGAAACCUUCGUAACGACCUUUUAGUGGCAGCUGACUCCAUCACUAACACCAUGUCCUCACUAGUGAAGGAGCUACACUCAGUAGAAGAUGGUGGUGAGGAAGAGGAGGAAAGACUGCAGAAUGGAAAAGAGAGAGGUUAAGCUGAACGUAGAGCCACCAAUGUCAAUGAUCGGACAGACGACUCUUUCAGAAGACACCGCCCACAUGAGAAAAGGCACAUUGCACCACCUACUAGCAUUACCAAUACAACAUAUUAAAACAGCAGAGACAACGGCCAGAUCCUCCAACCAAUCAGAUGAGAGCUUUAGGAUCCCAGAGGCUCUGUUUGUUUGUUCUCAGAGACUUUGUUGGGUUGACUGUGAAAAAAAGGAUGUCAUUUUCUU